CUACUGCGUCGUGUCUGUCGUUGUUGCUUGGCUUGACUCUUGGGCAAGUGCCUGGCUUGUGGCAGAGAUGGUUUGCCCAAUCUAGGACAAGCGUGAGGUCGGUAAACAGUUGACAGAUUUUCAGUGAAUCAACUUCAAUCCGCCCCAAAGGAGGUUGGCCUUACUAUGUGGACUGACUCAGAUGAAUCACGUUCCCCACUCGUCCCGCAGGCAGUGAUGAACUUUUGCCUCUCCUUGAACCACUUCCUAAGUUCUCCUAACCUCUUCACCAUGACCCGUGCGGGUAACGAAUUUCUGCCUUUUGUCUUGCUCCACUUGGUCUUGCUCAUGCACUCUGCAGUGGUGAAGACUCCAAAGACCCAGCCCUUUCACGCUUUGGUCAUGUCACUUCGCUUCAUUACAGUCGUGAUCAUGCUCCUGGCACUGGGCACUUUCAUCGCAGGCCUCAUGCAUCCUCCUCCGCCUCCCAUGAUUGAGCGCCACUCGUUGCGUUGGCACUUCCGGCCACGACCUUUGAUCAUUUGAAGCUAUGGCAGCUAUGGCCGCACGGCCGCUGCCGCAUCCAAGUGACCUAAGAGCAUGAUGACCGAGCGAAACUUCUCCUUUGAACAAGACCUGGCCCGAAGUGGGGGAUAUUGGGAGAUGCUCAUCCGUCACCUGUGAAUUGCGGCCUUUGUGGUUGUUAAACCCACUAUAAUUGAGAAUCGUUUCUGAUAGUCAGAGAGAGUGAGAGUCGCGAG